AUGAUCCAAGCCAUUCGUUGCCACGAGUUUGCUUGUGUGGAGCAGCAAGCAAAAAGCGAUGACCAAAGUCAUUCUAACAAACGCAGAAAGUUCCGACCAAGAAAGGAUGCCAAAAAAGUUCGAGAACUCCUUUCGCUUGAUACGAUUCCACGCCCAACUCUUGGCGGCGGCGAUGGCCGUGAUGACUAUUCGGUAUUGAUCAAGACUCAUUAUACAGGCAUCCAAUACCCUGACUUUCUUCAAGCCCAAGGACUGUAUCAGGUAAAGCCCAAGCUUCCUUACAUACCUGGAAUGGACGUGACAGGAUCCGUCAUUGAGGUUGGACAGAAGGUGCCAGCAUCCGUCUUGAAAGUAGGGGACCGAGUCUUGGCAACUUCGCUUCAAGAAGGAGGUACUGGAGGCAUGUCAGAGGUUAUCAAGGCUCCCGCAGCCCUUGUAUAUAAAAUUCCUGGAGGUGUUCCUCUGGAAGCGUGUGCCAACAUCGGCCGAAACUACUUUGCAGCCUACCAUUCGUUGAAAACGAUUGGAAAUAUCGGCCCAUCAUCCCUCGUGUUGGUGGAUGGUGCGUCUGGAGGCGUCGGAAUGGCGACCAUUGAACUAUGCAAAGCCAUGGGCGCUAAAGUGAUUGCUGGCGUUAGCACGGAGGAGAAAAUGAAAUAUCCACAACAGGUCCAAGCCGACGUGGUUCUGACGUAUGGACGAUCCAAGGAAAGUUACAAACGAUUCAAGAAGGAAGCUCAACAGGCGUGUAAGCGGCUUGGUCAUCCUCAUGGCGUUGAUUUGGUAGUGGAUAUGGUUCAGGGCGAUUUGUUUGAAACUGCAUUAGCAUCUGUGACCCGCCCUCUCGGAACGAUUUGUCUGGUAGGAUUCACAGCCGGGCAACGCCCGAUCCGACCGGGUAUAGUACUCAUCAAAGAGCUCAAUGUCGUUGGGAGUUUGUGGGGCAGAUGGGCGAUGCAAAAUCCAAAGGAACAUCGCAGAAAUGUGAAUCAGAUUUUGAACUUUCUUGCUUCUGGUGCCAUUCAACCGCGAGUGAACAGAAUCUUCGAAGCAAAUGAAUACUACAAGGCAUUCGAGCUGUUUGAAUCGAACCAAGGACGAGGGAAUACAGUCGUUCGCUUUUCAACAGAAGACCAAACUGUGCAAUCUCGAUUGUAA